AUGAAAAAAAUUGAAAAAGAAUCAGACAUGAUAACCACCUUUUCAAAACGCAAGUAUGGAAUUUAUAAGAAAGUAAAUGAGCUAAUCACCCUAACGGGCAGUGAGGUUGGAUUUUUGGUCUUUUCUCCUGCAGGAAAAUCCUUCACUUUCAGUCAGCCUUCUUUCAAGGAUCUUGCACUUCGAUAUCUCGGCCGACAAAAAAAGCAGCCCCAAUUAUCACCUGACAAUGGGGAGAUGUUUAGGCAGGCAAGGAUCCAAGAGCUAAACCAGACAUACAAUAUGCUGCUCGAAUUGGUGGAAGAGGAAGAAAAGAAAGAUGUGGCGCUGAGGCAAAAGCUCAAGGGAAAGCAACUAAACAACUGGUGGAACAAAACUGUUGAGAAGGUGGAGGUGGGUGAGCUAUCGGAUCUUGAAUCUGCCUACUCAGAACUGCUGAUGAAGGUGGAGAAGAGAAGGAUGAAAUUGGUGAGCCCUCGAAAUGAUAUGAAUGGUUGUGUCUCCACUUCUUCCUCUCAUUUUUUGUGCACCCUUACCAUCAACGCUAGUUCAGAUGGUUAA